AUGGAGGUUAUAGUUCUUGCAUCCAAGAGAAGUCUUCUUCUAAUUCUCUUUGUUACUACUAUAAGUCUCUUUCUGAGCCAGAAGGUUACACAUGUUUCUGCCUAUAACUAUACCAAACCAUACGGACAAGUCAGUAGCUUGAGACUUGAGAGGAUACAAAAGCACUUGAACAAAAUCAACAAGCCUCCUGUCUUCACCAUCCAGAGUCCAGAUGGUGAUGUAAUUGAUUGUGUACCCAAAAGAAGGCAGCCAGCUUUGGAUCAUCCACUCUUAAAGCAUCACAAGAUUCAGAAAGCACCGAAGAAAAUGCCGAAGAUGAUGGGAACAGAGAAAAACGAUGAUGGUGCAGCGAAUGUAUUGGAAGGUGCAUGGCAACUGUGGCACGUGAACGGCACGAGGUGCCCUAAGGGUACUGUUCCCAUACGACGCAACACAAUGAGCGACGUCCUCAGAUCCAAGUCACUGUUUGACUUUGGCAAAAAGCGACGAAGUAUUGACCUUCAUCGACGGACAGAAAAGCCUGAUGCACUUGGUACUAAUGGACAUGAGCAUGCGAUCGCGUAUACGGAAACAUCGUCGGAGAUAUAUGGAGCAAAGGCGACGAUUAACGUGUGGGAUCCAAAGAUAGAACAAGUGAAUGAGUUUAGUCUCUCCCAAAUUUGGAUUCUCUCUGGUUCUUUUGUUGGUCCUGAUCUUAAUAGUAUCGAAGCUGGUUGGCAGGUCAGUCCGGAGCUGUAUGGUGACAACAGACCAAGAUUGUUCACUUAUUGGACGAGUGAUUCAUAUCAAGCAACAGGAUGUUACAAUCUUCUAUGCUCUGGAUUUAUCCAAACAAAUAACAAAAUUGCCAUUGGAGCUGCCAUUUCUCCUCUCUCUACUUUCAAAGGAAACCAAUUCGAUAUCACCAUUCUCAUUUGGAAGGAUCCAAAAAUGGGGAAUUGGUGGAUGGGUUUAGGCGACAACACACUGGUCGGGUAUUGGCCAGCCGAGCUAUUCACGCACUUAGCCGACCACGCAACCACCGUAGAAUGGGGUGGUGAGGUUGUGAACACACGUGCUUCUGGCCGGCACACGACAACUCAAAUGGGUUCGGGUCAUUUUCCGGAGGAAGGGUUUGGAAAAGCAAGUUACUUUAGGAAUUUGGAGAUUGUGGAUUCGGACAACAGUCUCGUACCGGUGCGUGACGUCAAGAUAUUAGCCGAGAACACCGAAUGUUACAACAUUAAGAGUUCGAAUAGUAAUGAGUGGGGAACUUAUUUUUACUAUGGUGGGCCAGGGUUUAAUCCUAGGUGUAAUUGA